AUAACUAAUCGUAUUAAUAAUGGGAUACUUAAAAUCCAUUGGUACGGUAUUAAUAUAUAUCGGUUUUCUUCUAGCUGUCAUUACUUUUCUACCAGGUUUACCUCCAAAAGCAAAUUAUUCUGAAUAUAGCAUAAAAUCUCCUUCGGAUAUACAAAUUCCAAUUGAAUUAAAAAAUCGAUUACAAGGAGCAGAAAUAUUAUUUCAUGGAGUAGUUAAGGGUCCAGAAUGUUUCACGUCAUUUAAUGAUGAAAUAUAUACCGGUAUACGUGGAGGUUAUGUUGUUCAAAUUGAAAAAAAUCGUAUUAAACCAAUUGUAAAAUUUGGCCAAAAGUGUGAUGGCUUUUGGCAAGAAGCUAAAUGCGGUAGACCUUUAGGUUUAAAUUUCAAUGAUAAAGGAGAACUAUUUGUAGCUGAUGCUUACUAUGGUAUUUUUAAAGUAAAUAUUAAUUCACGGCAAUAUACAAAUAUAGUCAAUAGUUCUGAACCUAUUGAUGGAAAGAUUCCAAAAAUAGUUAAUUCAUUGGAUAUUGCAAAGAAUGGAGAUAUCUAUUGGACAACUUCAAGCACAGACUUUGAUCUCCAUGAUGGGAUCUAUGUAUGCUUAGCUAAUCCAAGCGGAAGACUUAUUCGAUACAAUGCAGCAACAAAAAGAAAUGAAGUAUUAUUAGAAAAUUUAGGAUUUGCAAAUGGUGUCUUAUUAAGUGAUGAUGAAAACUUUGUAAUUGUACUAGAGUCUCUUACAUCACGCAUUAUUAAAUAUAAUCUAAAAGGUCCAAAAGCUGGACAACAAGAAAUCAUUGCUGAAAGUUUACCUGGUACACCUGAUAAUGUACAUAGUGAUGGACAAGGAGGCUUUUUAGUAUCUAUAUUGACAGUUAUAGAUUCUAAGCAACCUUUGCUUUUUCAAUCUCUUAUCCCACAUCCAUAUAUACGAAAAAUGUUAUCGAGGUUACUUUAUUUAAUAGAAGCCCCAUUUAAAUUGUUGCAAGAUGUUUAUCCAAAUUUUUAUUCAGAAAGUGUCUUAUAUGCAGUAGGUUCAUUUGAUGUUGCAAAUGUUAUAAUACCAAAAGCUUCAAUGAUAGUUAGAAUGGAUAAAACAGGAAAAGUUUUAGAUACUUUGCAUUUAAAAAAUGCAGAUGUGUUUGACAUUUCUUCUGCUUACAUACAUAAUGAAUAUUUAUGGCUUGGUAGUCCAUGGAAUGAUUAUAUUAUGAGAAUUCCAUUAAAACAAGCAUUCCCAGAUUUAGUAAUUAAUUUGAAACCUUCAGUUGCAAAAGACCAAAAGCAAAAUGAACCACUUUUAACAAUUUCAACUACACCAAAUAUUAAAGUAGAAGCAAAAUUUACAAAGCCACCUGUGAAGUCAACUAUUAAAGCACAAACAACACAAAAGUCAAAUUCAGAUGCAACAAUGUCAAAGGCAACCACAUCAAAAUCUGUCACAUCACAAUCUACCACUACUACUACUACUACUACUGCUACUUCAAAACCAUCACUACCACCGCCAUCAUCAUCAUCAUCAUCAUCAUCAUCAUCAUCAUCAUCAUCAUCAUCAUCAUCAUCAUCAUCUGGUCCAAAGUCAUCAACAAAAGAGAUUAAGAAAGAUAAUUUAAAAAAGAUUGAGGAAGAUAAUUCAAAAGAAAUUAAGAAAGAUUAUUCCAAUUCACAAGUUAAAACUGAAGCAUUACAAAAAAAUAAUGCACCAAUAGUAAAACCAAAAUCUGAUGACUUUAUUAAAAAAGAUGCUCAUAAAACUCAGGCUACAAAGUCCAAGUUUGAUGAUACAGUUAAAAAAGAUGCUCAUGAAACUCAGUCUAUAAAAUCCAAGUCUGAUGACUCCAUUAAAAAAGUUGUUCAUGAAACUCAGUCUAUAAAAUCCAAGUCUGAUGACUCUAUUAAAAAAGUUGUUCAUGAAACUCAGUCAAUAAAAUCCAAGUCUGAUGACUCUAUUAAAAAAGAUGUUUAUGAAACUCAAUCUGUAAAAUCAAAAUCUAUGAAGAAAGAAGAUGAUUCUACUAAAAAUUAA